AUGGAUGUCGUCCUAGAGGUCGUCGACACCUUUAUUGCCGACUAUGCAUAUGCCUACUUCUAUCCAAAGCGUCUAGCUCCCUACGACUUCCCAUCACCGUCCAACACAACCGACACAUCAGCCAAGGCCUUCUCGACAUGGAGUUAUAAACCGGCCACACAGUUCAUUAUGCUGGAACCACCAGAGCAAGCAUACAUGAGCUCAUGGGAUCGCGAUAACCCUCUUCGCCAGGCUCUUACUCUUUAUCUCAUCACUUGGAUCUUUGGCCUUCUUGUAUACUUCAUAGUCGCUACACUUUCAUACAUAUUCAUUUUCGACAAGCGCACCUUUGAGCACCCGCGGUUCAUUAAAAAUCAGGUCCGCAUGGAGAUCGUUGCGGCCAACAAGGCCAUGCCAGUCAUGGCCAUCAUCACAGCACCCUUCUUCCUCCUUGAAGUUCGAGGCUAUGGCAAACUGUACGACACUACCGAAGACGGACCCGGCCUGUGGUAUGACUUCUUGCAGUUCCCACUCUUCCUCCUCUUUACCGACUUUUGCAUCUACUGGGCUCAUCGCUGGCUUCACCACCGUUUGGUCUACAAGUAUCUGCACAAGCUUCACCAUAAGUGGAUUAUGCCUACUCCAUUUGCUAGCCAUGCCUUCCACCCUCUUGAUGGCUUCACUCAAUCUUUGCCUUACCACAUCUUCCCUUUCAUCUUUCCGCUUCAGAAGAUGGCCUAUGUUGCACUCUUUGUGUUUGUCAACCUCUGGUCUGUCAUGAUCCACGAUGGCGAGUAUCUCACCAACAACCCUGUUGUCAACGGUGCUGCAUGCCACUCACUCCAUCACUCUCGCUUCGAGGUCAACUAUGGCCAGUUCUUCACUGCCUUUGACCGUAUGGGCGGUACCUACCGUAUGCCUGAGCAGUGGAUGUUCGAGCGGGAUAUGAAAAUGUCCGAAGGUCGCUGGAAGAAGGAGAUCGAAAAGGUGGACGAGCUCAUUGAAGAGAUCGAGGGUAGUGACAACCGCACUUAUACGGAUAGCGCGCCCAUCAUGAAAAAGACGCAAUAA